AUGUCGAUUCAGGAACAACCCGUUCGUUAUAAUACUCCUGAACGAAAAUCAUCGUCAUCUAUUGUGAUAAAUCGAGGCAAUGAAGAGUACGAUCCAUUUGCUAUUGAUGAUGACGAUGAUAAUAAUAAUAAGGAAAUUGAACAGUUGAAAAAUGCAAAACAUCAAAAGCAAGAUUCCAUUCGGAUUAACAAUGGAACUGCAACCAACCCUGUGAUCAAUAAUACGAAUGCAUCAUCAAAUUCAGACAAAUCUUCGUCGUUACAAACGAAUGAGUCCCAACAAUCACGACGGAAAAGUAAAAGCCCUGUAGAACAUAAUAAUAACCAUUCGGACCACCGAUCAAAAUCACCUCAUCGUAAUAAUUAUUCUUCUGAUCGAAAACGUCUUCGUUCUUCAUCACCUAAUUCAUCUAUAAUAACAACAGUGAACAAUAAUGAAUCAUCAUCAAAUAUAGACAUAAUCUCAUCAUCAAAACAUAAAGAAUCCUAUCGAAAUGAUGAACGAAAAAAAUCUAAACAUCAUCAUAAACAUCGAUCAUCCUCAAUGUCUUCAUCAUCAAAAUCUUCGUCAUCACCUUCAACAUCAAAUAAUCAUAAAAAGACAUUUGAUUCAAAAGAUGAAAAAUCUUCAAAUUCAUCUCAUAAUAAAUCAACAUGUCGUUCUGAAAAAAGAGAUGAUUAUCAUUCAUAUCGAUCACGUAAUUACCAUUCAUAUGCAUCAUCAAAAUAUUCAUCUCGUGAUUGUUCAUCUUCAACACAUCAAUCAAAUAUUGAUCGUCGUACAACAAACUCAAAUUUUUCUAGUCCACCUCGUCUUCCUUCAAAAAUCAUAACAACUGAUGGAAAUUCAUCUCUUCAUAAUACAGAAUCAAAUCAACAUGAAACAUCAACAGAAGAUCGUAAUCGAAUUUAUAAUCGUCUAAAGAAUAUGAAUGAUACAAAUACACCUGUUAUUCCUAUAAAUAAUACAAACAAAAUUUCAUCUUCAGGACCAUCAUUUAUUAAUACCAAUGGUGGAUCUCAACGUUCACGUAGUAAUUUAAUUCAAAUAGUCACCACAGAAACUGCAUCUGGAUUGACACAUUUAUCUACAGAAGUACCUCCCGUUCGAUUAUCAUCGUCACAAGUUCAACCUGAAGCAGUCAAGCCAUUACCAGUUCCUUCUAUUCCUGCUAAAGUUGAAUCCAAAACAAAUACAAAUGAUUCUAUUCAAUCAACAAUAACAUCAAAAACUAACGGUAAUACAGCUGAUGACAUGCUUAUGGAAGAAAUGUUACUCGAAGAAGAACAAGAACAAAGUCCAGUAAAAUCUAUUGACCUUGAUAAUUUAACAAUACCUGAAACUUCAACUGAAAAAAACGACAAUAAAGAAGAAUCAAUGAAAGUCAUAACAAUAACGGCAACAGCAGCAGUAACAACAACAACUACUACAACAACAGUCACAGCAGCAGCAACAACAACGACAUCGACUAUAACUUCUGUUCCGUCUCUAACACCAUCACCAACAAAAAAACCAUAUACAUUGUACAAAGUUCCACAUACAAAUCAUAUGACACCUCCUCUAUCAUCUCGACAUAAAAAACAAACUAAAAAAGAGUCAUCAACUACUCAACCUGACUCAACAACAACGAACAAAUCUUCAACCGAUGAUAAUUUACGACGAACAUCGCUAGAUGAACGUAUAUCAAAUUUAUUAAGUGCACCACCAACAACAUCAUCAAAUAAAUCACUAAAUUCAUCUACUGAACAAUCACAACAACAGCAACAACAAAUUGAUAAUCGAACAAAUCCAACAACAAUAAUAUCAACGCCAAGUGAUAAAAGUACUGAAAGUCCUCAAGAUAUACCAUCAUUGAUAUCAACUAUGGUCAAAAAGGGACAAGAUCAUUCAUCAUUAACAAAAAAACUUACUACAAACGAUGAACGACGUUCAACAACAUCAAAACAUUAUACCACUGAAUGGCUAGCAUCACAAAAACCUGAAGAAGCACCAACAGAAGACUUAAUUAUUCUUCCAUCACUUGUUACAUUACCAACACUUGUUUCAAGUCAACCAUCAACAAUAACAAAUACAAAACCACCGACUUCAAAUUCAGGUGAAGCUGUUAUGCUUGGUAAACUAUCUGAAGCUAUGAGUAAAUUAAUUCAAAAACAAGAUGAUACAAGUUUGCCAACAACAACAGCAACUGAAACAGACGAUACUGUUCCAAUCUCAGCUAAACAUCUUGAACGUAUCGAACGAAGGAAACAACGUGAAAAACGUCAAAGUGAAAUAGCUGCUAUUGCUAAAGAAGCUUUAAAACCAGCAUUUAAAAGACAUGAUAUUACAAAAGAUGAAUACAAAGAAAUAAUGAAAAAAGUCGUUACAAAAGCUACGCAUGCUAAUGAAGUUGAUCGUAUACGAAUAAGUAAAAUGAUAGAUGCAUAUGUACAAAAAUAUCGAACAAUACGUCAUCAAAAUAUUUCAAAAACUUCGAAUGGACAUCCAUCAUGA